UCAAACACAGUCACACCAUUGCAGGCUUAGGUUCUCCUGACAGUGUCACUAAAGAGCGUCGAGUCUCUCUCUGAGCUCUGAAUGGCAUCAGCAUCAGCAGUCACUCCCACGGGUUUGGUCAUGUGCCAAGGACAAAGUUAAGCUCCCAACAUCACUCUUAAUGAAGAAGAGAAGAGAAAACGCAAGGCAGCAUGAACGACGGAAACCUGAGAAAAGAGCGAUGGAGUGCGGUGGAGGUCGGACUCUCCGUGCUGCUUUUGGCAGUGAGCUGUGCGUUAGCAGGACUCGGCGCUAUUUACUUGGCCACAGUGAAAGGUCAAUUUGGUAGUGCAAGAGUACUAAGGAGCGUGGAGUCCUCUGAGGGAUGUCCAAGCUACAGAAAUGUCUGUACCACCCCUGCCUGUGUUACUUCAGCUGCACGACUUCUUCAGAACAUGGACCAAGGUGUGGAGCCAUGCCAGAACUUUUAUAGAUAUGCUUGUGGUGGUUGGUUGGACCGUCACGUGGUCCCAGAGACCAGCUCUCGCUACAGUGUCUUUGACAUCCUCAGAGAUGAACUGGAAACCAUACUCAAAGGGGUUUUGGAGGCAGAAAGUGAGCUGGAUCGUGAGGCUGUUCGAAAGGCAAAGGUUCUGUAUACAUCUUGCAUGAAUGAAAAUUUAAUUGAGAAGCGAGGUGCUCAGCCUUUGCUGGACCUUAUCGAUGAUGUUGGGGGCUGGCCUGUUGCCUCCGACGACUGGAAUACUACAGCAGACUAUGAGUGGAGUCUGGAGGACACAUUGGCUUUGUUCAUCUCCCGUUUCCACAAAAGGGUACUGUUUGACUUGUUUGUGUGGACAGAUGAUCGGGAUUCAAACCAGCACGUCCUCUAUAUUGAUCAACCAGGUCAAGGGUUACCAACUCGAGAUUACUAUUUCAGCGAGGAAGGGGAAUAUAAAAUGGUGCGUGAGGCAUACCUACAGUUCAUGAUAUCAGUCAUGCAGAUGACACGUGAGGCCAGAAACUUGACAAGUGAUGAGGCCAGGGUUCGAGAGGAUGCACUGCAAGUGAUGCAGCUGGAGACGGACAUUGCGAAUGUGAGCAGCCCAGCUCAAGAUAGACAGGAUGUGACUCUUCUCUAUAACAAGAUGACGCUACUUGAUUUACACAGAGCAUUCACUCUAAAUGGGUUCAACUGGACACGUUUUGUGCGUGGUGUCCUGUCAGAAGUGUUCAUAACAGUUCAGCCUGAUGAGGAGGUUGUGGUUUACUGCACACCAUACUUGCAGAAGCUUGGUGAGGUGGUUGCCAGAUACAGCAAAAGGACCUUAAGGAACUAUCUAACCUGGCACCUCAUCACAGAUAAAGUCAGCAACCUGAGCCGUCGCUUUAAGGAUGCCAGGGCACAGUAUAAAAAAGCCUUGUACCGAAACACAUUAGUGGAUGCACAUUGGAGAGACUGUGUUCGCUACGUCCAGAAUUCCCUGGAGAAUGCUGUCGGAGCUCUGUACGUCCAGCAGAUGUUUGCAGGGGAAAGCAAACGCAUGGUCCGUGAUCUCAUCAGUAGAAUACAGGAGGCUUUUGUAGAGACACUGGAAGAGCUGAACUGGAUGGAUGAUCAGUCCAAGCGCAUGGCGAGAGAUAAGGCCAUGGCUAUAAAAGAUCAGAUUGGUUACCCUGAUUUUAUUCUGGAGGAGGAGAAUGACCAACUUGAUCUGGAAUAUGAACAUCUUAACUUCAGCAAGGAUGCAUACUUUGAGAACAUGCUGAAGAAUCUACGUGCAGCUGCUCAGAAGAGCCUGAGGAAACUGAGGGAGCCAGUAGACACAGAUUUUUGGAUGAUUGGAGCAGCAGUGGUGAACGCUUUCUACUCACCCAACAGAAACCAGAUUGUGUUUCCUGCUGGGAUUCUACAGCCUCCCUUCUAUAGCAAGGAUCAGCUGCAGGCCCUCAACUUUGGAGGAAUCGGGAUGGUUAUUGGUCAUGAGAUCACUCAUGGUUUUGAUGAUAAUGGACGGAAGUUUGACAAAGAUGGAAAUGUGCUGAACUGGUGGAGUAAUUUCUCUGCUGAACACUUCAGGGCCCAGUCACAGUGUAUGGUGCAGCAAUAUGGGAAUUUUACAUGGGACCUUGCCGGGGGGCAGAAUGUGUACGGCAUCAGUACGUUGGGAGAAAAUAUUGCAGAUAAUGGAGGAGUACGCCAGGCAUACAAGGCCUACAAGAAAUGGCGUGAAGCAGAGGGAGUGGAGCCUUACUUACCUGGUCUGGAUUUGAACAAUUACCAACUCUUCUUCCUGAACUUUGCACAGGUUUGGUGUGGCACGUAUCGGCCAGAGUAUGCCAGCCAGUCCAUCCGGACAGACUCUCACAGCCCCCUGAACUACAGAGUACUGGGAUCCUUGCAGAACUUUGAUGCCUUUUCUGAAGCUUUUCACUGCAAACCAGGUAGUCCAAUGAAUCCACCUGUGAAGUGUCGAGUAUGGUAGGCUUUUCUGAUGGUCAUCAGUAGGAACACAGUAUUAGAUGCUGGUCUCUUUGAUUUAUCUUUUAUUGUUGGUGUGGUUUUAGCAUUAAACAAUUUUUUUUAAUUUUAUUCAUUUUUAUAUGUAUUUUUUUUUAUGCUAUGAAGUGGUUUGCUUUAUUUCCCCUAAACUUUAAUAGGGGGAAUCCCUAUUGUACUUGUUUUAUUUAAAAAAAAAAAAAAAAAACCUGCAUUACUUACAUACUUCAGUCAUAAAUGGGUCCACUGUGACACAAAUGGGUUCAUAGUGAAAAAUGCUGAGAAAUAGUUUGGGGCUCCAAGAGUUAAUGGGGCACUCCAGCCAAAAUGAAAAUGGAACCAUCACUACAUGUGUUGUAAACCACCUCCAGUCCCCAGACUGAGAUUUAAGGGUUUAAAGAAAAGAAAACCCCCAGUCUGAUGAUGUAGCUUGAAGGUGGGAAGCACUCUUGCAAAACUGUAUGUGUUUUGGGGCAGAAACAUGAGGGUGAGCGGUUUGUCCGCCUGCCCCCACUAACUGAUAAAUGCAUGUAUUGUAUAGUAGUGCAUUUCUUUAUAGAUCGCUGCUGUCGGAACAAAACCUUGUAUCUCCAAAAUGGUAACUUUACAGGAGAAGGAAAAAACAUGCAUUGCUUUCAAUAUAUGUCAAUGGAACCAGACUUUUUUUCCAAGUCAUUUUUGGCCGUUUAUUCUGGUCCAUCCUUCUGGUCCAUACACAGAAUGUAAAGGCAAACAUGCAUUUUCAAAUUAUGUCAAAAAUUGAAAAUCGACAAAAAUGGAGAUACGAGGUUUUGAGGUUUGUGUGUGUGUAUAUAUAUAUAUAUAUAAUGUUUUAGGCCAGGAUGCCCAUUUAAUGCUGUUUAUGACCAAAACAAUACACAACUGUUAAGUGUUGUUAUUCACUGACAGUAGGUGGGUAGUGAAUGGGUAGGUUUUUAUGUUUUUAAGAUGCUGUAACAAUUUUGGAUCCUUACAUGAGAGGUUUUUCAAAAUGUUCACCUGAUUUUUGCUGAAGUCCACUGCAAGCCCCAUGAAGUGCAUUGCACAUCUCUACUGGCUGGAUAAAAACUGAAUAUUGUUUUAUGAUCUACAUUUUCCUGAGCUUGUAAUGGACUGUUGGACUGUUGAACUGUUCAGAAAAAGCAUAUUAAAGAAUUUGUGAUAUUAUCAUUGCUAA